AUGGAGUGCGCUUCACCACUUCAAACUCUCCGGUGGUUCCCUGAGGGCCAGAGGAUGCUCGGAGCGCCCUUCUCGCUCUGGUCCUGCGCCUGUCUCCUGCCGCCUCCCAGCUCUCAGAAAUCACCUCUUCCAGGCGGCCGUGGGACAGCCAUCAGCUUGGUUAGGGACUUCUCUGUGCAGGUAGAAGCCACCGCCCUUCCCUUGUGGGGACCUUACGUGGCGGCGCCGGCUUGUGGCCCUCCGUGGGGUGCGCACCUCGCCGGGUCUCUGACUUCAGCUUCGAGGAUCGAGCGACCUGGGAAGGACGAGUCCCUCGCCAGCUGCCCUUCUCUCCUUCGUUUCCGUUUCGUCAGGCCAGCGCUCGGACCUGCCCGUUGGACUCGUGAACAUCACACGGAGGUGAGAGAUUCAGUGACGUUCGGGAUAACACCUGGCCCAGCCCCUGGAGGUGGACAAGGGCAGAGCAGUCCUUCCGACGCCAGGUGUGGGCGCCACCAGCGGUGCCAGAGCUGCCCUGCGACUGUGCCCCCGGGGCCGGGAGCGGGGCUGGGCGAGGAGCGCUCGGGGCUGGACGGCUGUCCGCGGAGCCACGGAGGUGUGGCUGCAGAGCGGGGGGUGCCUGCAGAGGAAAAGCAGGAGCCCAGCCCGACACUCGGGAUGUGA